GCAGCAGGUUAGGCAGUGAGAAGUUAGUGGCGCUGCUGGGACGGGGGGAAGGAGACGCUUCUUCCUCCUGCUGCUCCUCUUCUUCCCGGGAUCAGCCGCGGCAGUGGCCGCGAGUGACUCGGCAGUGUCUCCGGCUCUGAGUGCGAACCAUGCUGACGGACAGCGGGGGCGGCGGCACCUCCUUGGAGGAAGAUCUGGACUCUGUAGUUCCGCGAUCCUCCCCAGCUGGGGCCUCGGAGCCGCCUCCGCCAGGAGGGGUCGGGCUGGGGAUCCGCACCGUGAGGCUCUUUGGGGAGGCCGGGCCCGCGCCGGGAGUCGGUGGUGGCGGCAGCGGUAGCGCAGGCGGAGGGGACGCGACGCUGGAUUUCAAGUUGGCGGCUGCCGUGCUGAGGACCGGCGGUGGAGGUGGUGCUUCUGGAAGCGACGAGGACGAGGUGUCCGAGGUUGAAUCAUUUAUUUUGGACCAAGAAGAUUUGGAUAACCCAGUCCUUAAAACAUCAGAGAUAUUCUUAUCAAGCACUGCAGAAGGAGCAGAUUUACGUACUGUGGAUCCAGAGACACAAGCAAGACUGGAAGCUUUGCUAGAAGCAGCAGGAAUUGGCAAAUUGUCAACUGCUGAUGGUAAAGCCUUUGCAGACCCUGAAGUGCUGCGCAGACUGACAUCCUCAGUUAGUUGUGCACUGGACGAAGCUGCUGCUGCACUGACACGGAUGAGAGCAGAGAACACCCACAGUACAGGACAUGUGGACACUCGUAGUCUGGCAGAAGCUUGUUCAGAUGGAGAUGUGAAUGCUGUUCGUAAAUUGCUAGAUGAAGGCAGAAGUGUAAAUGAACAUACAGAAGAAGGAGAAAGCCUGCUAUGUUUGGCUUGCUCAGCGGGGUAUUACGAACUAGCACAAGUGUUACUAGCUAUGCAUGCUAAUGUUGAAGAUCGAGGGAAUAAAGGAGACAUAACACCCCUGAUGGCAGCUUCCAGUGGAGGUUAUUUAGAUAUCGUGAAAUUAUUACUUCUUCAUGAUGCAGAUGUCAACUCCCAGUCUGCAACAGGGAACAGUGCACUAACAUAUGCCUGUGCUGGAGGAUUUAUUGACAUUGUGAAAGUGCUACUUAAUGAGGGUGCAAAUAUAGAAGAUCAUAAUGAGAAUGGACAUACACCAUUAAUGGAAGCAGCCAGUGCAGGUCAUGUGGAAGUCGCAAGAGUUCUUCUAGAUCAUGGUGCAGGCAUCAACACUCAUUCUAAUGAAUUUAAGGAAAGUGCUCUGACACUUGCAUGCUACAAAGGCCAUUUGGAUAUGGUUCGCUUUCUGCUUGAAGCUGGUGCCGAUCAAGAGCACAAAACCGAUGAGAUGCAUACUGCCUUAAUGGAGGCUUGCAUGGAUGGACAUGUAGAGGUGGCACGGUUGCUUUUGGAUAGUGGUGCUCAAGUGAACAUGCCUGUAGAUUCAUUCGAGUCCCCAUUGACUCUAGCUGCCUGUGGUGGACAUGUUGAAUUGGCAGCACUACUUAUUGAAAGGGGAGCGAAUCUUGAAGAAGUUAAUGAUGAAGGAUACACACCUUUGAUGGAAGCUGCUCGGGAAGGACAUGAGGAGAUGGUGGCACUACUUUUAGCACAAGGAGCAAAUAUAAAUGCCCAGACAGAAGAAACCCAAGAAACUGCUCUUACUUUGGCUUGCUGUGGAGGAUUUUCUGAAGUUGCAGACUUCCUGAUUAAGGCAGGAGCUGAUAUAGAACUUGGCUGCUCUACACCUUUAAUGGAAGCUUCACAGGAAGGACACCUGGAAUUGGCUAAAUAUUUGCUCGCUGCUGGUGCGAGUGUGCAUGCAACAACAGCAACUGGAGACACAGCCCUAACCUAUGCUUGUGAAAAUGGACAUACUGAUGUUGCAGAUGUCUUACUUCAAGCAGGGGCUGGUUUAGAACAUGAGUCUGAAGGUGGAAGAACGCCUUUGAUGAAAGCUGCAAGAGCUGGUCAUUUGUGCACUGUUCAGUUUCUUAUUAGCAAAGGUGCCAAUGUGAAUAGGGCUACAGCCAAUAAUGAUCACACAGUAGUGUCACUGGCAUGUGCAGGAGGCCACCUGGCAGUAGUUGAACUACUCUUGGCUCACGGAGCUGACCCUACUCAUCGACUCAAGGAUGGCUCAACAAUGCUUAUUGAAGCUGCAAAAGGUGGCCAUACUAAUGUUGUUUCUUACUUGCUGGAUUAUCCAAAUAAUGUUCUGUCAGUUCCCACCACAGACGUGUCUCAGCUUACCCCUCCUUCACAAGAUCAAGCUCAGGUUCCACGUGUACCAAUACAUACACUUGCUAUGGUUGCUCCUCCCCAGGAACCUGACAGAACUUCCCAAGACCCAUCUGCUGCCCUUUUAGGAGUACAGAAAGGCUCUUGCUGAGUAGCUGUCUCUGAC